AUGCAAAUAAAACGCUUUGUUAGUAAAGAUCCGGUUGAAGCAGAAGCAAGUCAGGAGAUAAAGAAACCUGUAGAAGAGAGAGAAGAUGAUCUGAAACAGAUACAGAAACCCAUAGAAAAUCAAGACGAUGUUUGCCAGGGGAUAAAGGAAACUAUAAAAAAGAAAAUAGAUGUUUGCCAGGGGAUACUGGCAUCAAUAGAAAAGGAAGAAAAUGUUUGCCAGGGCAUAGAGGAAUCUAUUAAAGAGAAAAUAGAUGUUUGCCAGAAGAUAAAAGAUUCUAUAGAAAAGGAUAAAGUUAAUGUUUGUCAAGAGAUGGAGAGAAAUGGAAUGCAAGGCGCUGGGGCAUCUAAAACAGAAGAUUUCUCUAGAGGUGCAAUACAGAAUAUUCCCUGUACACACGAAAAUUGUCCCAAUAAUGGAAAUAAUUACCAAAAGAUGCAAGGAGCCAAUAGCGAGAAACCAGAAUCUUCCUCUCGCGGGUCUUCCUGUAAGCAGGAAGCUAAUUCUAGUGGAACAGAAAAACCUAUAGAAACGGACGAAAUAGAUGAUAGCCAAGACGAUGAUGGGCCUACUGAUUUCCUAACAAUAGGAUUUCACUCUGGAAUUCCGAUGCAGAAAAUUCCAUGUGGACUGCAAGCAAAACAAGGUCACGUGCCUGGAAACAGAGGUGCUGUAAUUUACAUGUGCAGUGGUGAUGUAAACCUGGAUCACUGUCGGCUUUACAUCAAGAACAUACCCAAGGGUCUGAAUGAUGAAGGUCUUCGUGCCCUUUUCGCCAAGUUCGGGACUCUCGUCGAGGUAUAUCUCAGUAAAGAUCCGCAGAAGAGCUACGCGCUAGUGAAAUAUGAGACAGCUGGAGAAGCUAAGUUGGCGAUGAUGAAGAUGAACAGGACUGAACCAUUGAAAUUGUACAUCAGCAUCGCUCACAGGUCCAACGCUAAAAAGCAGAACCAGAAUCAGAGCCGGGGGUAUACAGAGAGAUCGGAAAGGAACGAUAGAAGCGGGAGGGAGAGGAACGAUAGAAGUGAGAGAAACAGCGUGAGCGUCAGCCGGGACCGAGACGAGAGCGGGAGUGUCCUCAGCCACGGGAAGAACUCACGAAUGGCGGACGAUGUCCCUAAUGGAGAUAACAAUAUGGAUGACCUGCUGCUAGAAGAUGACUAUGGGUUCUCGGACAUCCUGGACCCGAAUCUCCACCUGGAACUGGAAAGCCUCAAGCUAGAACAGCUGAAGGUGCGGGAAGAGCAACUGCAGGUCAAGCAAAGGGUUAUAUUGUUGAAACAGGCGGAGAGACGACCUAUGACGCAGAUGAGUAAUCGGUGCAUUCUGCCUGAUGGAAAGAUCGUAGUCCGCAACAAUGCUGACAGCGUUGUCGCAACAGUAAAACAAGUCAGGUUUCGGGAUUCCCGAGACGCUGACGUCAGCUUCAGCGCGGGCGCCGGCGAUUCGUUUAAAAUGCCCGCACUACAACGCAUCGGAUUGCGGCAGUGCGUCGUAUGCGGUACCGGCGCCGAUUCUUACUGCGCGGGAUGCGGCAUCACGCCGUAUUGCUCCGACCGGUGCCAGCGCCGCGACUGGGCUGAACGACACAACUCCGUGUGCCAUAAUCUUGCUAGAAUGAAGAAUGAGCGAGCCAUCCGCAAUGUUGCUGACAGCGAUGAUCCUAUUGUACCACCAGCUCAACCACUGCGGCGUCCACAUUUGAACAAUAAUUCCAACGCGAGACGAGAUACCCAGGACAAUGACAACACUUCUGGAUUUGUGCCUAAGGCGAACUCCAAAUCCCCCAUGAACAACAACAACGAUUCUGUCAAUAAUAAUGAGAAUAGACAGCGCAAACCAGCACAAAGAUCGAAUUACGGACGAGAGAUGAAUACUGGUACUUCGAAGCCUCCCAACAAUCGUUUCCCUCACGCCAAACAACAUCCAGGUGGUCAAAGUCCUGGCCGGAAACUAAAUGGACCCAAAACCACUACAGAAACAGCUUCAAAACCCGAUAUAGCCAAGCCUGAAGUAGCGAUGCCUGAUGUAGCGAUGCCCGAACUACAAAAGAAAUCAGAACCAUCCAAACCUGAAAUAGUUACGCCUGAGCCGCAAAAUCCUCUUGUAAAGACACCAAAUCAGAUGUUUAAACCUGCCAGUGUAAGCGAUGUAACGCCAACAAAGAAACUUGUGCCUAAGAAAACGCUCCUAGAUUCUGUAAAAGUGGGUGACCAACUGCUUCUAACGGUGGAAGCUAAAACGGCCGAUUCUCGUACAACUCGCGGGGACUUCGUGUGCAUGCUCUUCUCGGAAAGUUUCAACGCUGAGUACACGAAGCUCUGCGAAGAUUUCAUCGUGGAUUGCGAGAAGGAAAACCAGAGUGUUAAACCGACUCCAGGCGAAACAAUUUCGUAUUUGAACCCCGAAGAUCAGGCUUGGUACCGUGGUCGCUGUCUCACUCCGACCGUCCUGGCGUUACUGGACAGUGGCAAGAUUGUAACCAUAUCUGCCGCCGACAAGUUACGGAAACUGCCGAAUGCUUACGAAGACAUCCCCGAGUUCUCAGCCGUGCUAACCGCUCAAGGAGUUCAGAUGGGCACGAAUAUCGUAUCUACGGUUGUUUCUCAAACAUCGAAUGGUUUCAAAGUGACCAUGAAGGACGCGGAAUCGAACGCUGAGCUCGGCGAAGGGGAGCUGUCCCGUUGGCUGCCCACUAUUGAAUAUGCUGUUGCUCCGGCAGCGGUAGUAAUACCGACAGUGCAACGGCCGGACCUCAAGAACAACUCCACAGUAUUCUUAGUACACGUUACGAGUCUUGAGAAAGUGUUCGUUAGGCCAGCAGAUGCGGAUUCUGUACGUGCAUACAACGAAAUACUGCAGCGCGUAUUUCUAUGUGGAGAAAAAUUCAUACCGCUAAAGGAGCCGCCUCAGCGAGGUCAACUCAUUAUCGCUCAGUUUACGGACGGCAACCACUACCGAGCACUUGUUCAACGUACGAAUGCGAAACAAAAUAAAUUUAUGAUCGAGUAUGUCGAGUUUGGAAACGUGGAAGUCAACAAGAUGGAGACGCUGUACUACUGUCCAGAAAACCUCAAUUUAGACAACAUACCGCCUGUGGUGUCCAUGGUGAAGAUAUCCUCGGAAACUCUGCAGCCAGCCGCCACCGCAGCUAUUGACCAGCUAAAAGAGGAAGUGGAAUUGAUUUUGACGUUAAACGAUAAGACGCCAACAGCGCCAAGUGGAAGCCAAGUAACGCUAACCAGAGCCGACACUCAGGUCAACAUCAAUGAACUGCUGGAGGAACUCUGUACUCCAGAAUGGAAGAAGAUCGAGAAGAAGGGCGAGGAUAUCAUCAACAAAGUGUACUUAACAAUGGACGACCUGGAGAUCUCGGAGCUCCCUCCAGGUGGCUGCACGGUGACAGUGCUGGACACGAGCAUGUUGAGUGGCGGCGUCGUCUGCGGGUACGACAGCGCGUCGCCAUUCGCUCGGCUAGUGCACGUGGAACUGGCGAAGAAGAUGGCUGAGUACUGCGACAGUGAUCUAGGCAGGGAACCAUACUUGCCAAGGGCUGAGGAGCUCUGCAUCGCUAAAAUGCCGCCAUACCCCCAGUGGUUCCGUGCGAUAUUCCUCUCACAGUCCGAGGGUCCGGGCAGCAAUGAAGCUAGUGUAUGCUACGUAGACUACGGUAAUGUCGCCGAUGUUCCAGUCAAUAUGAUCAGGAAGAUGAUACCGGAGUUUGUGAAAGGAUACCCUACGCUUGGACUCCAUAUUAAUAUCAGGGGUUUCCCGGAGCCCACGGACGAGGCCCUCAUGAAGGCUCUCGGCCACAUGGAAAUCGACGAUGAAGGUCGAGGCACGCUGAAAGUCAUCAACUGUCUCUACCGCGCCGACGAUGGUACGUACGAAGUAGACGCCCCAGAAUUAAUUGCCGCUAUGUAUAAGUAG